AUGCAUGAGACUCAAGUGAUUGCGUGCAUUGCUGCAUUCUGCAGCAGCGCUGCAGUACUCGCAUGCAUUCUCGUCCUGCCGUCGAUGUAUUCGACUGUCAAUCAGCUACAUGAUAAAGUCGUAGACGGUGUACAAACCUUCCGUGUAGAGACUGAUUCGGCUUGGACAAAAAUGAUGGAAAUACAGGUUAAAGUUUUACCAGAGAGCAAACCUGAUGAAAAUCCUUUUCAAAGCUUCAUUCGUCACAAGCGUCAAGCUGGACUUCCACCAUUUUGCAUAUGCCAGCCAAAAAGAGAGUGUCCACCAGGGCCUCAAGGACCUCCUGGUGAUCCCGGACCUGAUGGGCCACCUGGGCCACCUGGACCGCCUGGACCAGAUAACCAUGACAUACCAGAAUCUAUAAGUUGCGACGUCGAUACUAAGACCUGCAUAAAGUGCCCGCCAGGACCGAUAGGACCACCAGGACCGGAUGGAGAGAUGGGUCCACCCGGUCCAGACGGAGUUGUCGGACCACCAGGACUUAACGGUAAAGUCGGACCGCCAGGACCAGACGGACCUCCUGGCCCACCAGGCCCAAUGGGUCCUCCAGGAUUACCAGGACUUCCUGGACCAGCAGGUCGU